UACAUCAGUCAUGGUUACAUGUUGUUUGUUCCGGCAUAAAAUUUCGGCGGUUAUUUUGUUGCUUGUUUUCCUUUGUCCGAGCAAUGAAAUUCCAGUACAAAGAGGACCGUCCGUUUGAAAAGCGCUUAGAAGAAGGGCAAAAUAUACGUAAAAAGUACCCUUCCAGCGUUCCAGUUAUUGUUGAAAAAUCGCCUCGUGCACGUGUUGGUAAUCUAGAGAAAAACAAGUAUCUAGUUCCUUCGGACUUAACUGUCGGACAGUUUUACUUCCUUAUUCGUAAGAAAAUCCAACUAAAUCCGGAAGAAGCGCUAUUUUUCUUUGUUAAAGACAUCAUUCCUCCAACAAGCGCUACUAUGGGUGCUCUCUAUCAGGAACAUCAUGAUCGUGAUCUCUUCCUCUACAUUGCAUACAGUGAUGAAAGUAUAUACGGAUCAGUGGAAGACUGCAUAUCUUCAUGAAAAUUCAAUAUUGGUCAAGGUCCUAUUUUCAAAAGUUUAUUGGGUCUGUGUUUCUUCCCACAUCACUCUACCGAUAUAUCUAUUGUUACCACACAUACGCAACAUAUGAUCAGUCAUUUCCGUUGAUUUUUUUCAGUCAUGUUUUCUCUAAAACUUACACAUUGUUUUAAGUAUUCAUCUAAUAACAUUAAUAAUUAUGUGUAUUUCACCUUUUUUUCUUGUUAUUUAUUAAGAGUUAUUAAGUGGAGUUCGCAUUUUGUGCAAAACAGUUAUUGUGAAUGACAUUCAUUAUUUUCAUUUUCAGUAAUUUGACUGAAGACGAAAUACAUUUUGUAAAAGCGUACAUAUUAGUUCUUUUUUGGCUUGUUUGAUAUGAGUUCGUCAUUUUUUGGAUAAUAAGGUUUAAUGUACGUGGUGUUACAUAGCAUUAUUAUGACUAGCUAACCAAUGGAGUUCUGUUGCGAAUCAGGUUCUGUCAGUUAAGUCAGUAGUUAUGUUAUUUUUCAGUGUUGAUUGAAAUCUAAGUCUGUAGGGGUUAACGAUUGCUUUUGGUUUCAAUGUAGGAUUGUAAGGCUUCAUCGGUAUAAGCAGGUCACAUAAAGAGAUUGGAAGUAUCCUUAAUCAAUUGUGACAUUAGAGUAUCCAUUUCGUAUGAGUGAAUAAGUUUAGAGGUGCAAUGUAAUGAUAGUAGGUCAUUUGAUUAAUUAGAGAUCUUCAGGAAUCAUCAGAGAUAUACCAAUAAAUAUUAAGCCAUCAUUUAUUUUAAUGUAUGAUAAUAACUGACUUCAAGGUUAGAUGAGCGCAAUUUUGCCUUUGAAACAUGAAUUUAGUGAGGUAAUUGAACUUCACUACUACUGGCUUCAAUUAUGUAUUUAUUUAUUUGAAGAAAUUAAAACAAUGACUCCAUGUCAUCAAUAUGACUUACAGGGU